AGGACACGCAGUGAAAUCGAGCACAGAGAAACAGCGGCUAAAUACAACGCCGCCAUCAGCCACAUGAGACAACUGGAGAAAAAACUCAAACGCACCAUCAACAAGUCCAGGCCGUACUUUGAAUUAAAGGCCAAGUAUUAUCUACAGCUCGAGCAACUGAAGCGACGAGUUGACGAGCGUCAGGCUAAACUCACCCAGGCCAAAGCCGAGUAUCGGACCGCCCUUCGUAACCUGGAGACCAUCUCAGAUGAGAUCCAUGCACGGCGCCGACUGUCUGCCAUGGGGCCCCGGGGCCGAGGCGUGGGGGCCGAAGAUGACGGGACUGUCACCGAUGACAUCGCAAACUUCAAAAUGGAGUCUGACGGCAUAUCGAUGAUAUCUGUGAAUUUCGAGGACAGCUGUAACGGCUCACCAUCAGAGGACGAUCCUGAGACCCAGUCCACCUGCAGCAUGAGCUCCACGUCUGCUCCUCUCGACCUGCCCUGUCCUUCCUCCUCCUCCUCCUCAUAUCCUCUGCUCUCUUCCUCCUGCCCGUACCCUUCCUCUUCCUCCUCGUCCCUCUCUGUCUGUCCUGACCUGCUCCAGCUGCCGGGCUCGGGGUCUCUGGAGAGUUUUGAGCAGGUGUCUCCGGUGCUGGGCCCUCGUAGUGAGUGCAGCGGGGCCUCGUCACCCGACUGUGAACAGGAAAGAGGUGAGAGGGCAGAAGGAGCAGAAGUUAAACCUGAACCUUCAAACAACAUCAGCAGUCAGAAAAGCUCACACCUGGAGAAGAGUCUGCGCAGUUUAUCGCUCCAAACCACAGACGACAACGACACAGACACUCAUCCAUUCAGUGUGACCUCAAACACAGCAGCAGUGCUGCUUCUCAACAGUGUUUAAACUCAGAAACCACCACCUGCUCCAACCAAACCUUCAGCGAAGGGGCCCGUAUCUGAGACGACAGUAUGAUGCAUCAAAGGAACCAUUGUGAAACUGCUAUCAUCUCAGUGUUACAGAGAGCUCAUCUCAGACUGGUUUGAACCCAGAAAAACCAUGAAGUAUUAGAAUCGUCGUGCAGACAUCAGCUAUGAAGUGACUAGAACUAUUGAACUAUUCAUCAUCACUGAGUGGAUGUUCUUCGUGUCUUGUUUUCUGUCCUUUGCGUCUCACUAGCUGAUUC